AACCAAAACAAACCUGUCCCUCCUUGAGACAGGGCCCUUCUUCUCUCCUCUCCUCUCCUCGUACUGAAAACACACUGAGGCAGGAACUUUGACCAGUGCUCCAGCGCUAGUUAGCAGUCAGCUAGCUGUUUUCUGUGUUAUUUUCAUAUAUUUGUGUGUUGUUUUAUAUGCAGAGAGAUGUGGUUUAUUUAUUUACUCAGCUGGCUGUCGUUAGUCAUCCAGAUAUCCUUCGUCACUCUAGCAAUAGCUGCUGGCCUCUACUACUUGGCGGAACUAAUAGAAGAAUACACAGUAGCCACCAGUCGAAUAAUAAAGUACAUGAUAAUGUUCUCGACAGGUAUGCUGGCAGGUCUCUAUCUUUUUGAAGGCUUCCCAGUGUUGAUGGUGGGAGUCGGCCUCUUCACCAACCUGGUGUACUUCGGCCUCCUGCAGACUUUCCCCUACAUACUGCUGAGCUCCCCAAACUUCAUCCUCUCCUGUGUGUUGGUGGUGGUGAACCAUUAUAUGGCCUUCCAGUACUUUGCACAAGAGUAUUAUCCAUUCUCAGAGGUGCUGGCAUACUUCACCAUCUGCCUGUGGGUGAUCCCCUUCGCCUUCUUUGUGUCACUGUCGGCGGGGGAAAAUGUGCUUCCGUCCACCAUGCAACAAGGAGAUGAUGUGGUGUCUAAUUACUUCACCAAGGGCAAGAGGGGGAAGAGGUCUGGAAUCCUCCUCGUGUUCUCGUUCCUCAAGGAGGCAGUGCUGCCCAGCCGACAGAAAAUGUACUGAGGAGCUCAAACUCGGGGGUCAGGGGGUGUGUGAGUGUAUGUGUUGAAGAUUAAGGGUAAGCAGGAAAGAACUUUGGAAAUUUGUUUCUGGAUGGGACUAAAAUGAAAGCGUGGCCAAGGUGGAAGAGCACACGAAGAGGACGGACCAACAAACAGAACAGAGCUUCCUGCUGGACGAGCCUACGCGUUUACACAGGCCGUAUUUGUCUCUCUUAUAGUUUUCUGUCUGUCUGUCUGUAUUGACUGCCAACAACAUCUACUAGAGACCUCAUUGUGGGGAUCUUGUACGUAGCGCGAUGCUUUCUUAUUGUCAUAUUGGACUCCUCCAUAUGUAUGUGCAGGGUCUGAAAUUAACAACCACCAAAUACCUGUAUAUUUUGACUAAUUUUUCAUCUUGAGAUUAGAUCUGGUGUCAUUUGUGUGUUGAAAGUCUCACACUUUAUCUGAUUCAAUAUACAAAGACAGGUUAGAAGGCAAAAUAUGAUGAAAAUAUUGAACACUUUAUUUCUCCUGAGAUGAAGGUUGAAGAGAUCUGAAACAGCUUAAAAGGUACUUUCUGGGUAAAUCCUGAUGUCCAAGCUUGGAUUUUGAUGUGAAGUGAUCCUGGAAAGGAUAAACGUGUUAAAGUUGCAGGAAAAAUGCCACAGGAGUGCUUAUUAAGUUUUUCUUCAAAUGAGAUAAUGCAGUCUUAAGUUAUGGCGUAAGGAAACAAGAUGGGACAUGAUAUUAAUACUCUGCCCUCUUGCAUCAUGUCGAUGAAAAGGGUUAAAAGGGCACUUAGAAAGGAUUACUUUUAUAACUGAAACCCCCUUAAAUUAAAGUGAACAACAAUAGAUAUCUCCCAGUCUAGAUCAUUUACAUGUGGCCACCAAAGUGUUUUCUUGUUUGCAUCUACAGUGUCAUUAAUCACCAGCGCUGUAGUCUGCAACCUGCGUAUCUUUUUAAAAAAAAAGUUCACAGUAAGAACAGAUUUUUGUAUGUUGAUCGUUGAGUUAACCCGGCAUCAGACAACUAAUGAAAACACGUGAAGAUCAAACCUGUGCAAUUACUCUUGUAAGCUUAAGUGUGUCGGGGACAAAAGCUGUGGUUUGAUUAAAAUACUACUAAAGAGGCCGAAAUUCUUUUUACCAAUUACGGAGUGCGAUUCAUUGUAGGCUGGUAUACACACAAAUGUAUAAUAAAAGAUUUUGUUGAAAUAA